AUGUCUAGUCAAGUAAGCUCAUCUGCUACUGCCAGUGGGGUUUCUAGUAGAACCCAAGUUGAACAAAAGGGAAACGUUGCUACUUUCAGUAAUCGUGUUGAACCGGCUAGUGCCAUUGAUACUUAUGGAAAUGUUUUUGAAGCUCCCGAUUAUUCUAUCAAAGAUAUCUUGAAGGCAAUUCCUGCUCAUUGUUAUGAAAGAAGGGUGUUUGAAUCUUUAUACUAUGUUUUCCGGGAUAUUUUCUGGAUGGUGGUGUUUGGGUUUUUGGCCAAUAAUUAUAUUGAGUUGAUCCCAAAUCAAGCAUUAAGAUUCGUUGCUUGGAGUGGCUACUGUUUUGUGCAAGGGUUAUUUGGCACUGGGUUGUGGGUGUUGGCCCACGAAUGUGGCCACCAAGCAUUUAGUGAUUACGGAUGGGUUAAUGAUAGUGUUGGAUGGGUGCUUCAUUCUUAUUUGAUGGUGCCUUAUUUCAGUUGGAAGUUUAGUCAUAGUAAACAUCAUAAAGCCACUGGUCAUAUGGAUCGUGAUAUGGUUUUCGUUCCUAAGACUAAAUCGACCUUCUUACAAGUGAGAGGAGUAGAAGACGUCGAUGAUUUAAUUGGAGACUCUCCAAUUUACACUUUAUACACUUUGGUGGCACAACAAUUGUUUGGUUGGAUCAUGUAUUUAUUUACUAAUGUUACUGCCGGUAAUGACCAUCCAAAUGUUUCUUCCUGGGGUAAGAAUCAUUUCAAUCCAAACUCGGUUAUAUUUGAAAAAAGAGAUUAUUGGUACAUUGUUUUAUCGGAUAUUGGUUUGAUUUUACAAUCUUUUAUUCUUUAUACUUGGUAUCAAAAUUUCGGUGGCUUUAACUUGUUGGUUAACUGGUUUAUUCCAUAUCUUUUUGUUAAUCACUGGUUAGUAUUCAUUACCUUUUUACAACAUUCCGAUCCAAAAAUGCCUCAUUAUGAAGCUCAUCAAUGGAAUUUUGCCAGAGGAGCUGCUGCCACCAUUGAUCGUGAGUUUGGUUUCAUUGGUUGGUUUAUCUUUCAUGAUAUCAUCGAAACCCAUGUCUUACACCAUUACGUUUCAAGAAUUCCUUUUUACAACGCUAGAGAAGCAAGUGAAGAAAUUAAAAAAGUCAUGGGUAAAAAUUACCAAUACUCUGAUGAAAAUAUGUUUAAGUCUUUAUGGAAAUCAGGAAGAUGGUGUCAAUACGUUGAUGGUGAUAACGGGGUCUUGAUGUAUAGAAACGUCAAUGGUUAUGGUGUUGGUACAAAAUAG